UCGGCUGUAGACAUGACAUACAAGCGGCUGCACGGAGAAGCAUAAUCGGUGAAAUUAUCAUCUUCACGAGUGGUGAAUAUGUCGAGGGAGUACUGUUAAUGGAGCCAGCUUCAUCAAUGGAUAUAUCUCCGGAGGUUUCCAGUGCGCAGUCGGAAAUCAGAGGCGAGAUUGCUUUUGCAGAGGAAAUACGCCUUCCGAGCAGGAGAACAACCAAUCAGCCGUGGCGAACCAAAGAUAAACAAGCCUUAUGAUAAGACUAAACUCUCAGGUUAACCCUGGCUGGUCUCAGCCCUUGUGAACUAUCAUGCUGGCCUGCAUUCAGAGACGGCAGAAUCUCUCAUCGCAGCAUCUUGGCUGCAAACCCAAAAGCCUUGAUGUCCCAGCACCGCCAUUACUGCUGUCAGUCCCACCGUUGCAGGCGUGCACCCACAAAGGCGAGCCGGCCUCCAUGAUCUCCCGGUACCCUUCUCCUGCAGAGUUGGAUGCUUUCGCCCAGAAGACCGCCAACAGCCCGCUGUCCAUCAAAAUCUUUCCCACUGAUGUUCGGGUGCCGCAGCAGAAACAGCUGAACAAAACAGUCAACGGAUUGGACACCACAGGGCAGCGCUACAGUCCCUAUACGCAUCCCUACUCAGGAGGAUACCAGGGUUUGUUAGCCAUCGUCAAAGCCUCUGUGGUGGUUAAAGGUGUGCUGAAAAACUCAGAGGGCAGGAGGACUAAACAUGUUAACAGCCAGACUCCUGUGGCACCGUACAAUAAUCCUCUGAAUAACAGCUACACAGUCAGACAUGGGCACAAGGCCUAUCAUAUAAGCUCAUGUAAGCCUCCUGAUGCUCCCAUUGAGACAGUUUGUUCUAGCACAGGCAUGGCCUCUGGAGAUCAGAGCCUGGCCCCCCAGUCUGAGCUGGCAGAGGUUCAAAGCCUGAUGAUGAGGCAGAUGAGCAGAGUACCCAACAGCCAGGCCCUGCAGCUGGGGGGGGAGGCUCGAUCCAGCCCCUCUCUGCAGGCAGUGGCGGCGGUGGCGAAUUCAGACUCUGAUUUUGUUCUGGGAGUGCCACCCCAGAGCAGUCUGGCAUUCACGGGGGCAGUGAUACCUACACAGAGUGCAGAUGGAGGGAAAGUGGGGUAUGUGGAGAAGGGAGAGUACACAAUAUGGCAGCAGAAACAUCAAAUCCAGCAGCAGCAGCAGUAUCAGCAGGGAGCAGGGAGGAUGUACGGAGUGAGGAAUAGCGCUCAGGGGCAUAGGGUAGCAGACACUAGCCAGCUGCCUGAAACCUGCCUCCCUUUGGCGUCAUAUAGGCUGCAUCCUGGCAGUUUGGGCACCAGGCAGGAGCGAUCCAUCAGCUCCUCUCUGAACUGCUCCACCAUGCAGGUGGAGCCCCCUGUCGGACAGUUCUUUGCUCCUCUCUGGGAUGGUGCUCUGGCUACUCCUAAUAGUGACUGUUACACUUCUCAGGUGCUGGCAACGGGUACAUGCGCAGCCAGGCCUAGAAACCCGGGGCUUUCCCACCCCCACCUCCACCCAAACCGCCACCAACACCACCACCAGCCGCAGCUCCACCCUCCUCUUCCACCUCCCCCUCAUUCCCAGGCCUACAGCACAGACCAAAACCUCUGUUGUGGGCUGCCGAGUACUAGCCUGUGCCAUGCUGCGGUGCUCAGCAGCAGCCUGCAGUCUCUGGAGUGCCUCAUCAGUGAGAUCCACCCUCCCUGCAUCAAAGAGCGCAUGCUGGGCCGCGGGUACGAAGCUGUGGGGAUGCCUCAGCUACUGGAGCACCACCAGCACAUCCAGCUCCCUGUCUACAGAUAAACCCAGAAGAGACAGACCUUUUCUAGACAAUGGAAGUGUGUCAGCUUAGACGUCUUUAAGAAUGAGACAUGCCGUUUUUAGUUUGUGCAUGUACUGUACUUGUAGAAGGCUUUGUGUCGAAAGCCUUAAAUGGUAAAUGAUAAUCAUGACUUAAGAUACAGGUUUAUCUUAUGGACGUUUGGUGUUUUAUUUUUGUAUCUAAACUGGCCAUCAGAUAUGCCUGCUGUUCCUCGUUUAAUACUGAUGCUGAGCACAUAAUCGCAGUUUUCCAUUCAGUUUUAACAUGAGUUGUACAGUUUGCAGAUUACUCCUUUGUUUGUGUUUAAAACCUGGAAAAUAGUUGAAGUGAAAUAAUCUCUGGAUAAACAUUCAGCUGGGAAGGAUUGCUGGUGAUUGAUUCUGUGAAUAUACUGUAUAUUUUUAUUAAAUGGCUUUUAUUUAAGAGGGAAAAUUCCUUUACUAUAAACUUUAGUUUGUCUGCUGCUUUACUGUGAAUUUUGUUUUUCCCUUCACUUACGUAUGCAGUGCCCCAGCUUCUGCAAUGUGAUGCAAAUUUCCUGACAAACAUACAGGGAAAUAUUUUAAAAAUUCGAUCAUUACAUGAGGAUAAUAUACUAGGUAUGGCUAUUAAAAAAUGAGGCUAAUGCUGUAAUCCAGUUUUAUUGUAGUGCUACUUUGGACAGUUGGCUCAAAACCUCAGUUGUUCUUUUAUUAACUCAUGACUCAGUGCUAGAUCAGGUGAGUAGGGAGGGUGAUCAAGCACUGUGAAUCAUUUUUGGGCCAGAAACUGGCUAACUGAGAGCGCAGUGUGAGCUGUCGUGUUGUCUUGGUGAAGAAUGAAGCCAUUUUUCCACAUUUGUGGUCUCUUUCUUCGGACUUUUUCCUGCAGUUUUUCAAGAAACUAAUUCACCUUUGACCCCCCUGGAAGCCACUCCUAUAAAAUAAUACCAUGCAUGUCUUGGCUGCGAGACGGCUUCAUUUCAGUUUGUUUGCAUGUAAAAAAAAGUCUGGCCUUUCAGACUGUCUUCAAGUGAGCUGUGUAGAAUUUAAGGCUUGGUUUUGCUUUCUGUGUGGACAGCGAGACGGACACAAACUGACGUGGAGUUGUGAAGCCAAACUUCUGGUACGUACAGUGAGAGCACAUGAAGAAAUUAGCUAAUGAGACACAGUUCGUUUUUAUGAACCAGGCUGUAAACUGGUUCAUUUUUAGUGUAAAAACUGGCUUUUUAACAUGUUGUGUACGUGACUUCCAGGGGGCUUGCAGCCAGCCUCACUGUAUUGCAAUUUUCUGCACUUCCACACUGGCUUCAUUUGUCAGGACUGGAGGUUCCUGCCUGCUUUAUACCCAGCACGGAUAUUCUCCUAAAAGCUAGGGGGGCAGUGUCUUCAAAAGUCACGUCUGUAACAUGUUUUGUAUGGACUUAAAUUUGUGUCUCAACUCUGAGCAAGCAGUGGGGAACUUUGAGUACAGAAAAAUAUUUUGUGCGAGCACGCUAAUCAUAUUUCUAGGAAAAAAGAAACCUGAGCAAAAAAAAUUUUCAGGUUGAGCAAACAAGAUUCUACUCUGGCUGCUUCAGCUCCAGGCAGCAUCCUGGAAGCAUGUCUAACCAACAAAGAAGAACACAGAGGGAACAAACUUUUUUCAUGAUAUUGCAAAUAUUACGAACCUGUCUGCUAGCUACAGCUAGCUUCUGAGCAAGACCAAAGCACAAACUACUUACAUGUGGCUGUGGUGUAACAUUUUGGUCUUGCUCCUAAGACAUGCUGUAGCUAGCAGCAGGGACACACUUUCAGGAUGCUGCAAUCUAAUUGGAGCUGAAGCAGCCAAUCAGAGUUUAGCCAUUUUGUCUCAGGAUCAUAUUGAAGAUCUAAGUUUCAUUGCACUUAAUCACUCCUCUAAUUUGUCCCAAAAUGUCUCCGUAAGUUUCCUUUUUUCUAUUUAAUCAGGAGUCAGACGUUUGGCAACUUCGGCACACUCUUUUUUCAUGUUCAAAUUUUCAUGUAAAAUUAAAAACAAUCUCUUUAUCAAUGGAGACCAUUUCUGCUAUAUUUCAUACUGAUUUACUUUCAGCUUUUAAUGUGCGUGGGCGUCAUUCAAAUAUACAAACACUCCCAUAAUGUAUUGUAAUGUACCAAAAGAUCUGACUGCUGUUUUGUUGAAUUUCACCAAAAAUUUAAAGUUAAUGCAACUUUGAAGCUAAUCAUUUUCCAAGGCCUUAGCAACAACACUUCAAUCAGUAGCUAGCAGUGAACUUAAGAUGUGACUUAUUGGAAACUUACAGUAGUUGUGCGUGAAAAGCCGACCAUUAAACCCACAUGGUAUUAUCCUCAUAAGGGCAGUCUCAUUAUUUAACAGCCAUACCUCCUACAUUGAUUCAACUGGCUCAGCAUAUUGUAUUAGGACUGUUGCAUGUCCAAAUCAACACUGUGGCAAUCCAGGCCAAGCAAAGAUGUGUCCUUUGGUUGUAUUUUUGUUGAAUUUUAAGAGGCUGUGUGGACUUUUUCUUGGCUGAAUUAAUGUUUUUCUCUGGAAAGUAGUGAUAUUUUAAUUACAUUUGAGUACAAUGGAGUGCCACACUGGUUAGCAGGCCAUCUGAAUCAUUUAAAGUAUGUUUUUGUAGAGUUUCUCUGAUGGUGGGGGUUAUAUGACUGGUAAGUUCUUUGUGUCUGCACUGGUUCUGUAAUACUAUUUAUUUUAUGUUGGCCUGUUCAGAUAUAUGGAAAACUGUCUCCAUUAUUAUAAAGUGCAAUUAUUAUAUAUGAACAUGUGAGCGCUCUCCAUGAAGUAUGUUGUUGAGAUAACUACAUUUUGCAAUGUAUGACCCCAAUCCCUCACCCUUUUUUGCCUCUUCUUAACGAUUGUCAAGUAAAUGAAAUUUU